AUGCAAUUCAGCAUGAUCAGUUUCUGGCCUGGUUUUGCAGACGUUUCAGGUAUCGCUGCUGACGUCAGGUAUCGCUGCAGACGUCAGGUAUCGCUGCAGACGUCAGGUAUUUUGCAGACGUCAAGUGGUUCGCUGCAUGUCAAGGUAUCGCUGCUGACGUCAGGUAUCGCUGCAGACGUCAGGUAUCGCUGCAGACGUCAGGUAUCGCUGCAGACGUCAGGUAUCGCUGCAGACGUCAGGUAUCGCUGCACGUCACUGCAGACGUCAGGUAUCGCUGCAGACGUCAGGUAUCGCUGCAGACGUCAGGUAUCGCUGCAGACGUCAGGUAUCGCUGCAGACGUCAGGUAUCGCGCGUCAGGUUCACUGCAGAGUCAGGUAUCGCUGCAGACGUCAGGUAUCGCUGCUGCAGACGUCAGGUAUCGCUGCAGACGUCAGGUAUCGCUGCUGACGUCAGGUAUCGCUGCAGACGUCAGGUAUCGCUGCAGACGUCAGACGUCAGCCAUCGCUGCAGACGUCAGGUAUCGCUGCAGACGUCAGGUACUGCAGACGUCAGGUAUCGCUGCAGACGUCAGGUAUCGCUGCAGACGUCAGGUAUCGCUGCAGACGUCAGGUAUCGCUGCAGACGUCAGUAUCGCUGCAGACGUCAGGUAUCGCUGCAGACGUCAGGUAUCGCUGCUGACGUCAGGUAUCGCUGCAGACGCUGCAGACGUAGGUAUCGCUGCAGACGUCAGGUAUCGCUGCAGACGUCAGGUAUCGCUGCAGACGUCAGGUAUCGCUGCAGACGUCAGCCAUCACUGCAGACGUCAGGUAUCGCUGCAGACGUCAGGUAUCGCUGCAGACGUCAGGUAUCGCUGCAGACGUCAGGUAUCGCUGCUGACGUCAGGUAUCGCUGCAGACGUCAGGUAUCGCUGCAGACGUCAGGUAUCGCUGCUGACGUCAGGUAUCGCUGCUGACGUCAGGUAUCGCUGCAGACGUCAGGUAUCGCUGCAGACGUCAGGUAUCGCUGCUGACGUCAGGUAUCGCUGCAGACGUCAGGUAUCGCUGCAGACGUCAGGUAUCGCUGCAGACGUCAGGUAUCGCUGCUGA